CCUUCUACAUACAGAAAACUGUUUGAUAUUCAGGUCAAAACGUACAUGUAUAUGUCUAAAUAAUACCAGGAUGCUGAAGGUUGUACCUAUACCUUUAUUCUACAAGGUAUAGACAUGAUAUUAGUGUUAGCUGACUGCCACACAUACCUAGUUUCGUUUUACAACGAGGUCGGGCUUCAUUGAAACAAGUCAUAAAACACCUUUACCGUCAGCAGUGUACAGUAAAAUAUCGUGUCGCCGUGUUUGAUAGUGGUAGAAAACAUGUAGUUGCUAACGCUACACCGAUACUGGUUGUAUUUAGACGACAAACACAUACAGAAGGAACAUUCUGUGUGAGAAUGGACACCUACCCGAAGUGUUCCGUCUGUCAUCAGGAGUUUACACUGAAAGGUCCAGUCCCCUACUUACUGCCCUGUCUACACGCUGUGUGUGAGAAGUGUGUGAAAUCUGCGGCUGCUGGUGUGAUAUCAUGUUCUACAUGUCAGAGGGAGGUCAACCUCACAGAAACAAUUAUCCAGAAGGAUGCAGUCAGACAGAAGGAAAUAUUCUACCUGACCAUCAAACAUCGCCCCACAGAGCUCCUCUGUACACAUGAAGAUGACGGGAACCAGGCUGUGUGUUGGUGUCAGGAGUGUGAAGAGCUCCUCUGUGAAUACUGCCAGAAUAUGCACAGCAGCGUCAAACUUUCCAGAAAUCAUGCUGUGCACAACUUUGGGGAUAUAACCCCCAAAAACCUUGAAAAUGAAACCAAUUGCAAUAUUCACGAACGGUAUCCACUUGAUUUGUUUGACAAAAGCUGCUACAUGUGUAUCUGUUGCCAAUGCAGGAGAGAAGAGCACGCGGAUCACGAGGUUGUUUACCUGGAUGAAGCUGCUGAAGGAGUUACACAGCGGAUUGAACAACACAGGAAAGAUCUGUCGGCGUUACUGUCUCGUCAGCAAACACACCUUCAGAGUAUCAGACAAGAAACACAGUUGACCAACAGGACACAGGACACAUUGAGGAAGACAAUAGAACAUACUUUCCGGUCUUUAAGAUCACACCUUGACCAGAGGGAGAAGGAACUCCUGAUGUAUCUUGAAAGUCAAACGAGGGAAACCAAGGCAACUCUUCAUGCUCUUGAAACCUCAUGCGAAGAGCAUCAUGCAAGAUGCACCAACAUUUCAGGUUACAUCCGGAAAUGUCUUCUCUAUGCUUCAACAUCAGUCCUCCUGCAGCUGGAGACCACUGUUGAGGGGAUGACUCGGACCUGUCUAGAAACUGCUUCACCUGGAACACAUGAUGUACCUGAAGCUGUCUUCAAUACCAAUGGCUUGUCCAAACUGAAAUCAGAUCUGUCUGGAUUUGGUAACAUCACUACCUUGAAAGAAGAUUCAGAAGGGGGAACACCUGAGGACAAGCAAACACAAACUGAUGAUGACUAUUUGGCGGACCUGGAACAGAAACACGAAAUGGAGCUUGCAAAGCUGGAGUCAAAUAUUGCUUCACACAAUGAAAGAACUGAACAACUUCAGCAGCUAACAGACAAGCUGAAUGCCGAAGCAAACAACAUGAAAUUGAUGCUGGCUGAGAAACAUCAAACCUGCCAGGUCGCCUUAGAAACCAUUAAUCGUCUACAAACAUUCUUGAUAGGUUUCCCAGCUGAAGGCUGUGUUCAUCUGCUGAAGACAGGUGUAGUAGACAGACGCAUGGUCCUGAAUUGUUUACACCUAAAGUAUGACAAAGACAGUGUCAAUCUAGACAAAGUCCACAUCAACACAGAAGGAGACCUGGUCAACAGGAAGUCGGACACCAGACCUGCAGGGGAGGGGAUGCUGAAGUACUACUGGGGCACAUGUAGCACUGGCCCCCUCCACCGGGCUGGCAGUCCCCAGUACUGGGAGAUGGAAUCAAGGAUCAGCCUAGAUAAAACACUCACAAGGAACGAGCACAUCCUGAAGGUUGGUGUGUGCAGGGAGGAGCAGAUGGACUGGUAUUGGAGAGGUGGACGUUCCAGCUCCUACAGCAUGGCCGUCGCCCACUGUACUACACACGGUGGGAUAUGCAGGAGGACAUGGACGGAGGGGGAGUAUGUGCGGUGUCUGCCUGACACUCUCCCCAACACAGCAGGGGCAUCACACACACUACAUUACGGUGUUGUCUAUGAUGACGCCAGGAAGAAGAUUGUCUUCAUUGAUGUGAAGGAGAAUAAAGUGAUAUCGACGUUAAACAAUGUAGACUCCAGUCAGCCACUGUGGCCGAUGUUCGGGGUGUAUAGCCAACGUCUCCUCACUGUCAGCAUGACACUUGUAGUGGGCAGCGACAUCAACAUGACAAAGGAGAAGAAAGCCAUGAUUGUCAAGGCACUGUCGUGGUGGUGACAAUGAUUGUCGAGGCACUGUCGUGAUGAUGGCAAUGAUUUUCAAGGCACUGUCGUGAUGGUGACAAUGAUUGUCAAGGCACUGUCGUCAUGGUGGCAAUGAUUGUCAAGGCACUGUCAUGAUGGUGACAAUGAUUGUCAAGGCACUGUCGUCAUGGUGGCAAUGAUUGUCAAGGCACUGUCUUGAUGAUGGUGAUUAUGAACACAA